AUGGAAGACUACAAAGUUAUGAGUACUCCAAUGAACCAAAAGGAAAUAUUUUCUGAAGAUGAUGGAACUGAAAAGGUGGAUGAGGCAUAUUAUAGAAGUCUUAUUGGCUGCUUGAUGUAUUUGACUGCAACUAGGCAUGAUAUUAUGUAUGCAGUGAGUUUUUUGUCUCGGUUCAUGCAUUGUGCAAGUGAUUUACACUUGAGAGCAGCUAAAAGAAUUGUCAGAUACAUCAAGGGAACUAUCAACUAUGGUGUUAAGUUUCACAAAAGUCAGAAGUUUAGACUUAACAGAUUCUCCAAUAGUGAUUGGAGUGGUGCACCUGAUAUGAAGAGUACUUCAGGUUUCUGUUUCAAUAUUGGGUCAGGAGCUUUCUCUUGGUAUUCCAAAAAACAAGAUAUAGUAGCACAAUCAACAGCCAAGGCAGAAUUUAUUGUUGCAAUAGCUGUUGUGAAUCAAGCACUAUGGUUGAGGAAAAUUAUGUGUGAUCUGAAUAUUGAGCAAAAAGAAGGGACUGAGGUUUUUAUUGAUAACCAAGCUGCAAUUUCUAUUGCUAAUAAUCCAAUUUUCAUGCAAAAACGAAGCAUUUCAAUAUUAAGUUGUUUUUCUUAA